AAAUCCAGUGCGUCUGCGCCGGUUUCCCGGAAGUACAUCCAAGCACGUGUAGCAUUUGACAACCUUGAAAAAACUACAAAACAACUAACUUGCAGCUUAUGUCUCAUAACAAACCGUUCCAGUGAUGCCAGUAACACGACUACUAUACCCUCUUUACCAGCUGGGCAACCCUCAGCUGAGGAUCUUCAGACCAAACUGGUUCCUCACUCUGGUGAGGCCGGGAAAAGAACAGCCUCCUGACACUGUCCAGUUUCGCAUUCCACUGGAAAUGACCAAGUGUGACGUAAAGAACUACCUGGAGAAGAUCUAUAAUGUACCUGUAGGAGCAGUCCGCACCAGGAUACAAUUUGGCUCCAACAAGAAGAGGAAUCACCUAAACCAGAAAGUUAAGCAGCCUGACUAUAAAGUAGCCUACGUUCAGCUGGGACACUCCCGCUGUUGGUGUGUCAGCCCAGACUCCCUCAUUGCAUCACGACCGUUCACCUUCACACCUGUGUUUGAGGCCCAGGGCCAGACGUUCACCUUCCCUGACAUCUUCCCGGAAAAAGACCGGAUGCCGUCGGAGGGCUCCAUGGAGGAGAUGCAGGAGAAGUUCAUGGAGGACGAGAAGCAGAGGCAGAAACUUGACCCCAGGAGAGGAGGGGUCACUGAGUGGUUCGGACUCUGAGACAGCCCACCGACCGAGAACUCUGUGCUCGUAUUUGUGUUUCGUUGGGUGCAACGUGUAUUGAUUUACAGCGCGACUGUCGUGAUGUCACUUCUAUUUCUGUAAAAAACACUCGCAAGUGUGUAGUAAAGAAGAAUGAGCAUGUGUGUGGGAGACUGGAGACAUGUGUUUGGUGUGUGUGUUUGUGUGUGAGUGAGUUUGCGAGGCUUGAGUCCAGUAACCCGAGCCAGAACAGAAUCACAGGAGGAGGAGAGUGGCCUGGCUCCAUCUUUCAUGAAACCAGCCCACCGUACAGAAUCUCCAUCACCUCAGAUGACCUCCUCCUCUUCCUCCUCCCACUCUUCCUGUUCCACCUCCUCUUUUAAUUCCUCCUCCUUGGCACCAAUACCCCUGCACCUCCUCUUUCUUUUGUCUCUCCUCAGGAGUUUCCUUUCCUUCUCGUCCGUCUCCUCUGCUGUCCCUGUUUCUCUUGUGCCCUCUCCUACUCUCCUCCUUCUCUGCCACGCUGGGGAGUGGUAUAUUGUGGUAUCCCUAGUAGCUCUGACUCUCGGCCAGUUGGAUCCAACUACCUGGACAACCCACAUCCUUUCCUCUUUUAUGAGUUUGCCUUGGAUUAAUUGACCACUUUAGGUAAACAACAAUUGAGAUGUUGUUUCAGCAAAGCAACGACAUGGAAUUUGCUGGAGUGUUUUAUUAUUUUGUGGUAGCACCUCUUGCCAUAUUCUGAGAAAAGAUUGUACCCAGUGUGUGUGUGUGUGUGUGUGUGUUUGCCUAGCAUGCGGGACUUGCCAGUGAAUCUGUCUAAUUGUAAGUACUGUUGGAAUAAGAACUAAUAAACGGUCACUUGUCCAAAAGUG